AUGGAAGUGGUGGUGCCGACGCGCGUGGGCCAGGUGUACGUGUACGAGUCGGGGAAGGGCGAACAGGACGAGUACGACGUUCCUCGUCACCUGCCGCCCUCACAGGACAUUUACGACGUGCCACCCACACGCACGCCGUACCACCAGCAGGUGUACGACACUCCCCCCAUGGCGGUGAAGGGCCCCCCCAGUAAGGACGGGCAGGACAUCUACGACACGCCCCCCAGCAUUGACAAGAGCCACAUCAUCACCCAGCAGACGGUCUAUGACUUCCCCCCCUCGGUGAGUAAGGACGUCUCUGACGGCGCCCCUAUACGCGAGGACACGUACGACGUGCCCCCCCACUUUUCCAAGAUGAAGCCGCUGCCAGACGCCUACUCCCACGGGGACCCCCCCAUCCCCGAGGACGUCUACGACGUACCCCCUCCCUCCAUGGCACCCAGGCGGCCCCCCCUGGCCAACCAGGACAUCUACGACAUCCCGGCCAGCCUCCGCAAGACGGGACCCCCCCACGAGCCGCUGCCCUCCGUGCCCAUUCCCCUCCCCACCUCCCAGGACGUUUACGACUUCCCUCGCGAGCGGGCCAAGGAGGAGUCGGGCGACUACGUGUACGAUGUCCCCCCACAGGUGGUGAGGGAUGCGGCAGGCAGCACAGGUGAGGAUCAGCUGGCGCUCAACUUCAAGCGCCUGUCGGCCUCCAGCACGGGCAGCACCCGCUCCAACCACUCCUCCUCCUCGCUGGACACCGUGCCGGUGCGCGAUGGGCCGCGGCUGCUGGCCCUGGACCUGGAGGCGGCCAUGGAGCGUCUGCAGCGGCACCAGGCGGCGGUGGAGGGCGCCGUGUCGGGCCUGAUGGCCUUCGUGAGCAGCGGGCAGUGGCGCAGCGCGGCGCAGCUGGAGGCCAACGCGGCAGGCAUGCAGGCGGCCAGCGAGGCCACACGGGCGGCCGUGCGGGAGCUGCUGGAGUUCGCCAGGGGCGCCGUGGCCAACGCGGCGCAGGCAACAGACCGCUCGCUGCACGGCAAGCUGGCGCGGCAGGUGGCCAAGAUGGAGGAGGCCUUCCAGACGCUGGCGCGGCACGGGCAGGCUUUGGACGCCGCCGGAUGGGCGCCCGCCAAACUAGCGUCGGCCCCGGCCGCCGGCGGGCUCAGCGAGGAGCUGGAGCGGCUGGUGAUGUGCGCCCGCGGCGUGCCCGACGACACCAAGCAGCUGGCGUCCUUCCUGCACGGCAACGCCACGCUGCUCUUCAGACGGACAAACAAGCAGCAGCAGCUGCCACUCCCCCCACUGCCACACGGGGGCGACAACAACAACGUCUCCGCCUACCAGACGGGCACGCCCGAGAGGGCCAACAUCCAGUCGCGCCCGCUGCCCUCGCCACCCAAGUUCACCGCCGAGGAGGAGUCGCCCGAGAGGCCGUACGAGACCACGGAGGAGGGCUGGAUGGAGGACUACGACUAUGUGCACCUACAGGGUAAAGAGGAGUUUGAGAAGAACCAGCGUCAGCUACUAGAGAAAGGGAACAUCACUAGACACAAUAAGACUCAGCUGGAACAGCAGCAGCUCUCACUAGCUGGUCCUGACUGUCCCAUGUCUCUCGUCCCGCAGCUGAAGCAGCUGGAGCGCCUGGAGCAGGAGGUGAGCCGGCCGAUCAACCACGACCUGUCGGGCUGGACGCCCUCGCCCCACGCGGCGCCGCAGCCGCCCCGCAGCAGCAAGCUGUGCGCCGGCGACCGGCAGCUGCUGCUCUUCUACGCGGAGCAGUGCGAGGGCAACAUCACCACGCUGACCAACGCCGUGGACGCCUUCUUCUCCUCGGUGGGCUCCAACCAGCCGCCCAAGAUCUUCGUGGCGCACAGCAAGUUCGUCAUCCUGAGCGCGCACAAGCUGGUGUUCAUUGGCGACACGCUGUCGCGGCAGGCCAAGUCGCCCGAGGUGCGGGCGCGCGUGGCGCAGCACAGCAACGCGCUGUGCGACAAGCUCAAGGACAUCGUGCUGAGCACCAAGACCGCGGCGCUGCAGUACCCCUCGCCCGGCGCCGCGCGCGACAUGACAGAGCGCGUGCGGGAGCUCACCGGCUACACGCAGCAGUUCCGCAUGGCGCUCAGCCAGCUGGUGGCCAUGUGAGGAGCAGCACUGGUCGCCUGUGCGUGCACGCGUGUGUGUGUGUGUUUGUUUAUGUGUUUGUGUGCGUUAGGGCUGGUGUAGGACUUCAGUGUGUGUGUGUUCCCUGAGGGAAAUGGACACAGAGACGGUCAUGACUCCACUAGGGGUCUUGAAUACCUUCAAUGAGCGCAACAGCCCUGCACACACACACACACACACACACACACACACACACUGCAUUAACUACACAUGUGUCACUCAAACGGACAGCCGAGGGUCGGACUGGGCCAAGGCCAGCGGGUGUACAUGAACGGUUGUAAAUAUUUAAGUGUAUGAAUCUUAUGCGGUGGAGGGAACGGCAAGCCCUGAACACUCAAAAAUUGUUUUUUCAAGCAUCUGCGGACCGAGACGGGACAGAACACCCAAGACUGAACGUAGUUUGUUAACACAGUUCUUGAUAAUUAUUGCUAUACUGUAAUUAUUGCUCUCCCCAUUAUAAUUGUUAUCAUUAUUAUUAUUAUUAUUAUUAUGAAAUGUUGAUGAUUAAGGAUGUUGAAAAUUUUAAAUGUGUAUGUAGAAGUACUUAAUGCUGUUUUUUUCAUCUGAGAUCAAUCACGGAUGGGCUUUUUUUAUAAAUAUAUAUAUAAAUGAAUAAUGUUUUCGAUUGGACGUAUGGAUUAGUGACUGAUUAUGGAGGCCUGUGUGUCAGCCGCAGGGGGGGGGGGGGGGGGUAGCAUGGUUACCUACAUAUACAGCACGUCUACGGUGGCAGCCAAAUGUGUGAUGGCGGCCUAUAGCAAGAGCCGACCAUGCUGGGUAAACGGGCCCCUCGAGUGCCGCUUGAUUGACAGGCUCGUAAUACCGUUGUCAGGCCGACGGGAGGCGAGGGACUGCUUAGCCGCAAAGUGCUCUGGAAGCUAACUAAAGCCUCCCCAGGUGGUCCCACACGCAUUUCAAAGGCAUCAGCACCUUCCACUGGGGGACACUAGGGGGCAGGAGACUACCGGCUGCCUACAGUAGAGGACACUGAGGGACGCUGGGGGGGUUGACCUCACCUGAGAAGAAGCGCAGCUGAUUACGGAUUUAUUGUUUCUUUAUUAUUAUUUUACUAAAGGCACUCAGAAAGAGUGGGGUUUUGCGUCUUUGUGAUCCUGAUGGUUUACUGUUUUAAAGCACAAGACUGACUUCACGCCACCGAGCACAGGAGCUCAUGACUCUCUCUCUCGCUCUCUCAUGACUACAGCAAAUCUCUCUGCAGAUUCAGACCGGAGUGUGUGUGUCUGUGUGAUUGGAUACACUGAUGGACACAGCCCCUUGCGUGCACACACACACACGCACACACACACACACACACACACACUGCCCAGCACUUCCAGCAUGCAUUAGCAGAGCCGAACCCUGCAGGCCAGGGCACCACUGGAGACAUAAUAUCACAUAGACAGCAGACACAACUAGCUGUCAGAGGAGCGCCAAGAGACACUGCACCAACACUGUGGACGUAUGUGUAAGUGUGUGUGUGUGUGUGUGUGUGUGUGUGUGUGUGUGUGUGUGUGUGUGUGUGUUUGCUUGCCAAGUCCCCUCCCAUCCGUAUAGCGCCAACCCCCACGUCCAGCUGUUGCAUGGGCAAUAGCUGUGAAUGGGUAAUGGCUGUUGCAUGGGAAGUGGCUGGUGUUACUCUGUAUAUGAUAAAAUGGUCGGGAGAUUGCCCAGGCCCUCAGUGACCUUUGAACCCAGUGACACUACAGCCCCCCUGCUGUGCCCCAACCUGUCCCUAUCCCCUCUCCCCGUCCCCUGGCAUGACCCCCAGAGGUGCCAGACUGUCCGCCAUCUUUACUGGUUGGCAUGGAGACGACCCCCGACACGCUCGUCAAGUGUCUGUCCACCCCAACACGCCCCCUUGAGAGUCCACCCUGUCGGUUGUAUUCUAAGUACCGGAAUAAUGUCAGAGAGUAGUUCAAGUGAAACUUUAUAUGAUAUUGAGUACUGCAACAUGUUGUUGUGCAUUUAGUCAAAAUCCUUAUCCAGUUAAAAAGAAAAAAAAGAAAGGAAGAAAGAAAGAAAAAGAGUACAUUGAAUCAAAAAAUUGUAUUUGUUGUAAUGUUCUGUUUUCAAAUCUGUGUUGACCGGAUUUGAAAGAUAUUGAGGUAUCUGUUAAGGAGCAUACUGUACAUUGCGUAACUGGAAAAUAUAUGUUUAAUAUAUUUUCAUUAAAAAAAUAAACUGCAAACCAACAUUGAGUCUACUUGUAUUUUACUACUUUUUCUAUUCUGUCAAUGUCUUCACAAUGACAUAACAUACAGUGCCUGUAUUACAAUUUUGUUUUCAUAACCGACAGAGAACAU